AUGCUUUUUUAUUUCCCACACACGGGCAAACGUGCACUUUAUUUUAAUACUCAUCAAUUUUUGUACCUUUCAAAAUUCAAAAACCGAAACCUGUGUGGUGGUCAACGGGCCGAUUUAAGCGACGUCUACAAAUUGGAAACCUGGAGAGAGAAAUUCCUCGCCACAUUUGAAGACUCUACAUCUGCGUACGAAGGCCCCAUUCUACCGACACACCACGGAUUGUGCCAUCGACCGAAUAGGUGCUGUGGAAGAAACUUCAUCAGCAGAUUUCACAGGUACAGAUUUUCAGAACCUGCCUCUCUCAUUUGUUCGACUACACAGGUUCAAAAUGUCACAGACGUCAACCACUUCAAAUUUUGGAAGACCAAGUACACUCAAAAUUUGUAUUACGCUUGUGAUAGCCAUGGGUUUGUUGGUUGGGCUAAUCCAAUUAAUGAAGACGGAGUGCGCGUAAGAGACGACGUUAGCCUUAGCGACAAAGUUGGAGUGCAUCGCGAAAGCAACAAAGAUGCUAUAUGA